AGAACCCUUUCUGCCUACCUUGAUGUUGAUGCAGAUUGUAGAGCCUAGACCUACCCUAUAGUAGGAUCUGGAUCUAGGUCGGGUCAGUAAGGUCGACUUCAGUCCAAUGGUUUUUUUUUCUCUUUCUGCUUUUGGUAGAAGGUAUUGAACAAAGAAUCGUGCUCGAAAGAUGAACAGUUGAGAGUAGUUAGUUAUAUCUCCCUCUAAUAGUCUGAUUUCUGCAGUUGAAGCUUCCAAAUUGCAUUCAAUUGCAGAGAGAGAGAGAUGAGCUCGACGCCUGGACCGCACUCUUUGGCCUUCAGGGUGAUGCGGCUGUGCAGGCCAUCAUUUAACGUGGACAGUCCUCUCCGAGUCGACCCGCUCGAUCUCUUCACAGGCGAGGAUCUCUUUGACGACCCUGUCGCUGCGUCUCAGCUUCCGCGACUCUUACCUCAAAGCGACAACCAUAAAUCCGGCGAAUCUGAUCUAACCUAUCGCAAUCGAUUUGAGCUUCAAAGUCCUACAGAUGCCAUGGGCCUCUCUGGUCUUCUCAUUCUCCCCCAAGCCUUUGGAGCAAUUUAUCUCGGCGAGACGUUCUGCACCUAUAUUAGCAUCAACAACAGCUCCGAGUUCGAAGUUAGGGACAUUAUAAUCAAGGCGGAAAUCCAAAGAGAGCGGCAGCGGUUACUGCUUUUAGAUACUACAAAAUCGCCUGUUGAAUCAAUACGUUCAGGGGGGAGAUAUGAUUUCAUUGUAGAACAUGAUGUGAAGGAACUUGGAGCUCACACGCUUGUCUGUACUGCUUUGUACAAUGAUGGUGAUGGUGAGCGAAAACAUCUUCCGCAAUUUUUCAAGUUCAUUGUUGCAAACCCACUUUCGGUCAGAACAAAGGUUCGCUCUGUCAAGGAAAGUACAUUUUUGGAGGCUUGCAUUGAAAACCAUACAAAAUCAAACCUUUAUAUGGACCAAGUUGAGUUUGAGCCGGCUCAGCAUUGGAGCAUCACGAUAUUGAAAGCUGAUGAGCAUAGUUCAGAGAUUAAUUGUCGAACUAGAGAGAUUUUUAAGCCACCAAUUCUCAUUAGAGCUGGAGGAGGAAUUCAUAAUUAUCUCUAUCAGUUAAAGCAUUCCUCUGCACAAAUGAAAGUUGAUGGAAGUAAUAUUCUUGGUAAACUUCAAAUAACAUGGCGCACAAAUUUGGGUGAACCUGGUCGCCUGCAGACACAACAGAUUCUUGGAAGUCCCAUUGCACAGAAAGACAUUGAAUUGCAGAUUCUGGAUAUUCCAUCCUUGACGGUCUUGGAGAGACCCUUUUUGGAUCUUACGACGAAGAAGAUGCUUGGUAGAGGUCGUAGGGAUGGGGGAUUGUAUCUUUUUGAAGACAAUUCACCUUCUAUAGCCUGUUCGGGUACUCUGACUCCUCAUCAGGUUCACUGCCGGUUGCCACAGAGGAAGAAUUGCCACCACCACCACCUCCUCCACCAGUUGCUCCACAGGUUUAUACUCGUCGUGCUCGGGGAGCAUCAGCACCCCCUGUCCCUGCGGAACCUACCUUAUCAUCUUCGUCUAUGGAUCCUACUCCAGGUACAUUUGAACCUCAAAAACCAAACAGAGAGGAAUAGGGGCCCCUUUGAAGUGUGGUUAUCACAAGGUGAUCCACAUGAAGAGAAAGCUAUUAUUGUUGAUGGUGUUCAGAAACUGGUUUUGCCACAGGUAGAGGCACUCAGCUCCACGGAUUUCAAAAUGAACCUGAUUGCUACCAAAGUUGGGGUUCAGAAGAUCACAGGAAUGACUGUGUUUGACACAAGAGAGAAGAGAAUUUAUGAACCCAUGCUAGGUUUGGAGAUAUUUGUUGAUGCGGAUUGAUUGAUUCGUGCUUCUGCUACAGUCAUGGAGUACCGGUCUGCAGAGGCUGGUUUUUACGUCUUCUCUUAAGGGUUUGGGACUGGUCUUUUUUUAUCAAACCAAACUCGUCAAAAGCCCAUAAUUUUUUAUUUAGUGGGAUACAUUUUGAUCAUUCAGGUAAUCACAGUAGCGCCAGACUGUUACAAGUGAAGGCUUCUCUCUUGAACUGGAGAACAUUUGCCCCAGACUGUUACAAGUGGAUCUUUCUAUUCCCCGUUAACUUCCUAAAAGCCUUGCUGCUGCAGUAAUUGUUGUAACUUUACUGCUUUGAUUUAUUUUUUUAUUUUCAAAUCACUCGGUUUGAUUUUGUUGAACUUGGAAAUUUUUUCACCCCCCUUUUUGAGCAAGAAAAUUAAAUUUUAAUUCCACUGUGACGAUACAUCACUUGUCAAUUCUGAUUGUUACUUUUAA